UUGACUAUAACCGCGUGUAGUUUUGUCAGAGCCAAAGCAGCCCUGGCAGGCUGUAGAAUGAACAGUUCGUCGUGAACGUGACAGUAGCCUAUAGGCCUGAAGUGUUUUAUUUUAGUCAAAUGAAGAAGGACAUCUCGCAGAAAGAUUAGGAAAUAGUUAUCUGCCACGCUGUAUGAUUUUGUUCUUUGUUAUUAUCUUGUUAUUAUCAAAUAUCGAUCCAGCAACCUGAAGGGUCUGACAACCAACGUGGGAUUAAAAUGUCAUAGCCUACAAGGCUUGUUAAACCUGUUGUCUGCAUCUGUCCUCUUUCGAACGUGGAACCCACGUCGAAUACAAACAAGUAGCCUAACGACAAAUAGCCUACAUUUGAUUGAACUCAAAUUUUACUGAGGGUAAAGUUCAGUUGACAGAGAUUGCAUUCUUCCACGCAAACAUUAUCUUCACAGAAACCGUAAGUUUGCCAUCCUUGUAAGGUUAACCUAUACAGAUCUAACUUACUCAAUUUUCAUCAUAAUUAAGGCGGGCACAUGUUGUUGGCUAUCAGUAUCAUUUUAUGGUGCUGGGGAUUGUUGAGCCGCAGACCGAUGCUGUGCCGCCAGGGCAUGCAGAAAGGCCGCUGUUGCGUCUUGUUCAGUGACCUGAAGGUUUUCCUGCUCAGGCCACCGACACCAUCGGAACCACCGCCAGCGCUCCCACUCAUGAGUACACUAAACACGGAGAGCCAUGUGACGGCCGGCACCGUGGAGAGGAACAACUCUUCAGCGGGGGCCACGGAGAGCACCAAUGGUUGUUUACAUAACCCAGCGGGUUGGACAGAGCCCCCGUCGUCAGGGGAAAAUGUAGGGACCAAGGAGGAAAUGGGAGGGGAGGAGUGGGAAAGCACAACGAUGGAGCUGCCAGGGACUCUGGAUUGCGGCAGCUCCUCUGAGGACAAUUCCAAAGAGAAGUAUGACGAGCGGACAUCCCUGAACAGCUGCACAGACAGUGGUGUAAGGUCUCCCUUGUGCCGGAUCUGUUUUCAGGGCCCUGAGCAGGGGGAGCUGCUGAGCCCGUGCCGCUGCAGUGGUUCAGUCCAGUGCACCCACGAGCCGUGCCUCAUCAAGUGGAUCAGCGAGAGGGGCUCCUGGAGCUGCGAGCUCUGCUCCUACAAGUACCAGGUCAUCGGCAUUAGCACCAAGAACCCACUGCAGUGGCAGACCAUCUCUCUGACGGUGAUUGAGAAGGUGCAGAUUGCGGCGGCUGUGCUGGGCACGCUCUUCCUGAUGGCCAGCAUCUCCUGGCUGGUGUGGUCCUCCCUCAGUCCCUCGGCCAAGUGGCAGCGGCAGGACCUGCUCUUUCAGAUCUGCUACGCCAUGUACGGCUUCAUGGACCUGGUGUGCAUCGCUCUGAUAGUCCAUGAGGGACCGUCUGUGUUCCGUAUUUUUAACCGCUGGCAGGCGGUCAACCAACAGUGGAAGGUACUCAACUAUGACAAGAUGAAGGACACGGACGAGCACCAGAAAGCAGGGGCCAGCCUGCGGACCUUAUCCUUCCCUGGCCCCCGCGGUUCUGGGCCAGUUCCGCCCAAUGGUCACCCCGGCUCGGCUGAGGGCUCCCCGUCCCUCUCCUCCCUUAUGGCUGCCACGGAGACGCCCACAGCGGUGCCCCUGGACAGCAACGACGGGGGGUUGGCGGUUGAGCCCGAGGUGCAGGACUCGUCAGAGCCAAGCGGAGGCGGCACCAAUCACUGUGCGUACAGCAUCCUGCAGCGGCUCAGCCUACAGCUCCGGACGCCGCCGCCCCGAGAGCAACCAGGCAGCAACCGCGAGCUGGUCAUGAGAGUGACCACAGUCUGAGGAGCGCAGCCGAGGCCUUAACCCAACAUGCCACUUCUCCCCCACAGGGGACCCACCCCGCCCGUCUCAACUCCUCGUCUUUUAUAUGAAGGGAUCAGUUUUACAUGAAUGCAGAAAAACAGAAUAAAAAAAAAUAAAAAACUUGACUGCCGUU